AUGGCAAUUCUGUAUGCGCUGGUAGCGAGGGGCACGACGGUGCUGGCGGAGUUCAGCGCCGUAUCUGGUAACACCGGAGCAGUUGCUCGCCGGAUUCUUGAGAAGUUACCGGCGGAGGUUGAAUCUAGACUAUGUUUUUCUCAGGAUCGUUACAUCUUCCAUAUACUCAGAUCUGACUCGUUCAUCUUCCUCUGUAUGGCUAACGAUACCUUUGGAAGAAGAAUCCCAUUUUCAUACUUAGAAGACAUUCAAAUGAGGUUCUUGAAAAACUAUGGGAAAGUAGCACCAUAUGCUCCUGCAUAUGCCAUGAACGAUGAAUUUUCAAGGGUUUUACAUCAACAAAUGGAGUUUUUCUCAAGUAAUCCAAGUGCAGAUACACUCACCCGUGUUAGAAGUGAAGUUGGUGAGGUACGCACGAUUAUGGUGGAUAACAUUGAGAAGAUAUUAGAGAGAGGUGAUAGAAUCGAGCUUCUUGUUGAUAAAACUGCAACAAUGCAAGAUAGUGCCUUUCAUUUCAAGAAACAAUCAAAGAGACUUCGUAGAGCUCUUUGGAUGAAAAAUUUCAAACUACUGGCUUUAUUGACAGGGUUGAUAUUUCUAUUAUUGUAUAUAAUAGUUGCAGCUUGUUGUGGAGGCCUUACUUUGCCUUCAUGCAGAUCUUAA